AUGGAUAUAUUCAGUCUUGGCCAGGGCAACAACACCACAUCUUCCCAGGAGCCCUUCGGGACAGGCGGCAACGUUACUGGCAUCUCCGACGUGACCUUCAGCUACCAAGUGAUCACCUCUUUGCUUCUGGGCACUCUCAUUUUCUGCGCGGUGCUCGGCAAUGCCUGCGUGGUGGCUGCCAUCGCCCUGGAGCGCUCCCUCCAGAAUGUGGCCAACUAUCUUAUCGGUUCCUUGGCGGUCACCGACCUCAUGGUGUCAGUGCUGGUGCUGCCUAUGGCUGCUCUGUACCAGGUGCUCAACAAGUGGACUCUGGGCCAGGUCACCUGCGACCUGUUUAUCGCCCUGGAUGUGCUGUGCUGCACCUCAUCCAUCCUGCACCUGUGCGCCAUCGCGCUAGACAGGUACUGGGCGAUCACUGACCCUAUAGACUACGUGAACAAGAGGACGCCCCGGCGCGCCGCUGCGCUGAUCUCGCUCACUUGGCUCAUUGGCUUUCUCAUCUCCAUCCCGCCCAUGCUGGGCUGGCGCACCCCGGAAGACCGCUCGGACCCCGAUGCAUGCACCAUCAGCAAGGACCACGGCUACACCAUCUACUCCACUUUCGGCGCUUUCUAUAUCCCUCUGCUGCUCAUGCUGGUUCUCUAUGGGCGCAUCUUCCGAGCCGCGCGCUUUCGGAUCCGCAAGACUGUCAAGAAGGUAGAAAAGAAGGGAGCAAGCACCAGCCUCAGUACAUCGUCGGCCCCGCCCCCCAAGAAGAGCCUGAACGGACAGCCAGGUAAUGGGGACUGGAGGCGCAGCGCUGAGAACAGGGCUGUGGGGGCUCCGUGCGCAAAUGGAGCGGUUAGGCAGGGGGAUGACGAAGCCACCCUGGAGGUGAUCGAGGUGCACCGAGUGGGUAACUCCAAAGACCACCUGCCGCUGCCCAGCGAGUCGGGAGCAACCUCCUAUGCCCCCGCCUGCCUGGAGAGAAAAAAUGAGCGGAAUGCUGAGGCAAAGCGCAAGAUGGCCCUGGCCCGUGAGAGGAAGACAGUGAAGACUCUGGGCAUCAUCAUGGGCACUUUCAUCCUCUGCUGGCUGCCUUUUUUCAUUGUGGCUCUGGUGUUGCCCUUCUGUGAGAGCAGCUGCCACAUGCCUGCAUUGUUGGGUGCCAUAAUCAACUGGCUGGGCUACUCCAACUCCCUUCUCAACCCAGUUAUUUAUGCUUAUUUCAACAAGGACUUUCAAAAUGCAUUUAAGAAGAUCAUCAAGUGCAAGUUCUGCCGCCGAUGA